AUGAAUGCCAGCGCACACAAUAACAUUGCCUCUUCUACAGAAGAGAGAUAUAUGGCACAACUUGAUUUACCCAAAGGCAUAGCCACAUGGUUGCAAAAGAGACACGCCGUUAUGUCUCAAAAAAACGUAUGGACAUUCUGGAACAAGGGCUGGAAGGCCAUGCAGCCAUGGGCACAACGAAACGUAAUUAAUUGGGUUCGAAAGCUUGGUCCAGAGUGGACAGUUCACGUCCUUGAUGUUGUUCCUGAAUCAGAAACACACGUCAAGCACUUCGUCGAAUCAUCGUUUUUUCCAGAAGCUUUCAAUAAAGGAAUCAUGGAUGGACCAUUCGUAGGUCCUCACCAAGGGGACCUAGUCCGUUUACCUCUUCUCUGGAAGUAUGGAGGUGUAUGGAUGGAUGUUGGAACAUUUCUCUUUCGGCACCUGGACGAUAUAUGGUGGAAUCAAAUUAUCGAUCCAGCUUCACCGUGUGAGCUAGGUGGCUUUGCCGUCGAGUUUCGUGAAAAAUAUUACACAAUGCUUAACGGAUUUCUUAUUUGCCAAUCUGGAAACUCUUUCAUUAAAAGAUGGCAUGACAUUUAUCUCAGUCUCUGGGGUCCCAAUACGACAAAUGCAAACGGAUUCCACAAGCAUCCUUUGCUAGCUCAUAUAAAGGCGAUAGAAACGCCGUCUGACAGGGUGAUUGAAGACCCAGAGAUGAUUACUGCAGUAGAUGUCAUGCUUGAUUAUCUUGCACACUUUCUUUGCCUUGAGAGAUUGAGGGGUCUAAGUGAUCCUAAUGAUGGGUUUGAUGGCGCAGAGUACUUUGCAACUAAGAUUUUCCUUGCACCCGCGAUGCAAGAAUUAUUUGCCCUACAACCGCUUACACAAUGGUCUGGACUCGAACAGAAUAAUCUUUUCAGAACACGUCUUGAUGGCCCUAAAGAUGAGACUUGGCAGAAAGCGAAUUCUUAUGCACACGAUGCAUUUGCAAAUCAAUCUGCCAUUAAGGUGAGCCGCGGACCUAAAAAUCCCAAAUUAGUGUGUUUGGCAGAGCUAUGGGACGAAGAGAAGUUUAUGGACGCUGACCAUGGAGAGGGAACGUUUGCAUCCUAUCUGAGAUAUGGCAGCAUACACUAUGACCAAACAAGAGACUUGGUUCCCAUGGUGCUGGAGCGGGAUGAGAACACUUUAAAAAUGGGGCUUUUAGAGCCCCUAAAACAUCUUAACGAGUAA